AUGGCCAAAGCCGAGUCCGAUCUCAAAGCCAUUCUAGAUGGUGGCUUCGACCCUCAUCAAUUCCUUUGGUAUGAGCCUGACUUGACCGAGGCCCCCGAGCCAGCAAAGACUCUGCUCGAACGAUACAGCAACAUCCCACCGGACCAGGUUGUGGACCAUGUAAAGAAAGUGAGAGACCGAGCAUUUUUCGUGUUUCCGUACCCGUGUAUCGGAGCCUUUCGAUUCUUGGAUUUGAGCAUUCCACAGUCACCGGCCUAUCCUGAGAUUCUGCAGAGGCUUAAAUCCGGCCAAAAACUACUUGAUGUUGGCAACACUCAUCUGGGCAAUUUGAAGCCCGUGAAGCCCGUUAACAAGUAUGAGGUCUUCGAAGGUGUCCCACCAGAGAACCUAUACGCCUCAGAUCUGCGUCGGGAUUUCUUCGAUAUAGGCUACGACCUUUUCAACGACCACAACAGCCUCAAAGCCCAUUAUAUCGAAGCAGAUAUCUUCGACGACAACUCAGAUCUCGUGAAGAAUCUAAGCAACCAGAUAGACAUCGUCAACGCCGCCUCUUUUUUCCACCUUUUUAACUGGGAUCAGCAAGUGGCCGUGGCAAAGCGGCUCGUUGGGUUGCUUCGUGAUCAGCCUGGGUCUCUUAUUAUCGGGCGUCAGGUUGGUCGGAUUGAUCCACCGCCUCCGGAAGAUGAGGAAGCUGCUGGGAAGCACUAUCGACAUGAUACAGCUACGUGGAAGAAGCUUUGGGAGCAGGUGGGUAAUGAGACGGGGACUGGGUGGGAAGUGGAGACGUGGAUGGAGAAGUGGGCUGGUGCGGAUAAGAUGAUGAAGGAUUAUCAUGGGGGGUUGGAGACGUUUAAGCUGAGAUUUAGUGUUAGAAGAGUGUAG